AGAGAUUUUCUUAGUAUACCACAGCUUCAAUCGACCACAAACAGCCAUGAGCCACCGCAAGUUUGAAGCGCCUCGUCAUGGGUCUUUGGCCUACCUCCCCCGCAAACGGGCCGCUCGCCAUCGAGGAAAGGUCAAGAGCUUCCCUAAGGAUGAUCCCAAAAAGCCCGUUCACUUGACCGCCGCCAUGGGUUACAAAGCCGGCAUGACCACCAUCGUCCGCGACCUCGAUCGACCAGGCGCAAAGAUGCACAAGAAGGAGGUCGUUGAAGCCGUCACUGUUAUUGAGACACCACCAAUGAUCGUCGUCGGUCUCGUCGGUUACAUCGAGACUCCCCGCGGUCUCCGAUCGCUCACCACCGUUUGGGCCGAGCAUCUCAGCGACGAAGUGCGACGCAGAUUCUACAAGAACUGGUACCGAUCGAAGAAGAAGGCCUUCACCAAGUACGCCAAACUACACUCCGAGAACAAGGGUUCCUCAAUCACCCGUGAGCUCGAGCGCAUGAAGAAGUACUGCACAGUCAUCCGUGUCCUCGCGCACACCCAGAUCCGCUCGACCCCCCUCAAGCAGAAGAAGGCACACUUGAUGGAGAUCCAGGUCAACGGAGGAAGCAUCGCAGACAAGAUCGAGUUCGGUCACGGUCUGUUCGAGAAGCCAGUCGAGAUCGACACCAUCUUCGAGCAGGACGAGAUGAUCGAUGCCAUCGCGGUCACCAAGGGUCACGGUUUCCAGGGCGUCACCAGCAGAUGGGGUACCAAGAAGCUUCCCAGAAAGACACACAAGGGUCUCAGAAAGGUCGCCUGUAUCGGUGCAUGGCAUCCUUCCCACGUCCAGUGGACCGUUGCUCGCGCCGGUCAGAUGGGUUACCACCACCGUACCUCUGUCAACCACAAGGUCUACCGUGUCGGAAAGGGCAAGGACGAGAAGAACGCUGCCACAGAAUUUGACGUUGUCAACAAGCAGAUCACACCAAUGGGUGGUUUCGUCCACUACGGUGAGGUCAAGAACGAUUUCGUCCUGCUCAAGGGUGCCGUCCCCGGUGUCAAGAAGCGAGUCAUCACUCUCCGAAAGUCCAUGUUCCCUCACACCUCCCGCAAGGCUCUCGAGAAGGUCGACCUCAAGUGGAUCGACACCUCGUCCAAAUUCGGUCACGGUGCUUACCAGACUCCUCAGGAGAAGAGACAAUUCUUGGGCACGCUCAAGAAGGAUCUCGUUGCUUCUUCGUAAGCUGCCAGACUUGAGGGGCGCUCUCAUAAGGAGCAAGCUCAGUGAUGUUUUUCAUGCUCGGUGCAGGUUUGAAUGAUUCAAAAAAAGAAAUACCGCGUGCUCUGUUGCGAUGUCAUUUCUCAAUACAGAGAAUAGACUAUGGUGCAAUAGCAAUGUCACAAUGAAAAUCAAUUUCAAUGACUAAA